UCGCUCUUCAGUCCAACGUUCAGCGGCCCUUCUAUACAUACCUCUAUUCUUGCUUCAUAUGCACAAACUAGUGUAUUCGACUCUCCCUUCGUCGUUUGAUGCUAAUUUGGACACUCUGGAUUUCGGUGCCGUGGCUCUGAGUCCUGACAUACUGUCGUUAACCAGAAGAUCAAAGUCAUGAAUGUGCCGUUUUCUACAUACGGAGAGCCCCGCCUCUAUCUCAGCUCUCACUAAAAGACGAUCUGUCCAAGGAAUCGGCGAUCAUGGCAAUGCGUUGAUGGUUAUCAUAAAUUUCAAAGAACAAUUAUGCAGUUCCGAGAGCAUGAUGCCGCGUAUGCGCAUCUUCGCUAUUGCGGCAUAUGCGAUGAGAGGGGAACAACUGUCUUCUCCUAUAGAGCAUGAAACUGAGCCAGAUGACGGCGGGGUGAAAGUGACCAGAGCAUCUACCGACAGUUUAGAAAGAUCGUUCCGAUGGCGUCGCAGUCGUGUGGGCCGUGUAACAGGACUUGAGGAACUUAUGUAUGUUCCUACGCGUAUCUUCAAUGCAUUCGUUCUACACAGAGACAUUGAUUGAUGACAUCUGGGAAGAGCUCCGCAUAGUCUGGAAACUCUUUUACAGCUAUCCAAUGGCGG